AUGGAAGCUUCACCUCUGCUGGGCGAUGACGGUCCCUUCUGGACGCGGCGCUUGGCGCUUGGGCCCGAAGGCAGCAUCUGCCGCGAGGUGCAGGAGAGCUUGGAUCUCGUGGGCGUGACCCGCAUGGUGGUGGGCCACACCGCCCAGGCCGACGGUCGAGUGCACAGCAGGUGCCAGGGCCGCCUAGUGCUGGGCGACACUUUGAUCUCGCGAUUCUACACUGGCACAGCGCAUCCAUCUGCCGUGGAGUACUUCGUCGACGGCACGGCGGAAGCCAUCGACAUGCUGAGGAAUGCCUGGUUUGCACAGCUGGGAGCAUUUGGUGGAGCGCCGUCCGCUCAACGACCGCCCGCUCCCCGGCUGGCGAAGCUCAGAUUACUGGCCGCAGGAAGUCUUUCAUCCCAUGGCCGUUCCGGACGAUUUGGAGCCGCGCAUCCCGCGGGUGCAGUGGCCCGGGCGAAGUCCACGGCCAGUGUUGCCACCGCAAUGUGUGGAUUGCCAUCCACCGGGGUUUCUCCCCAGCCCCUGGGCACCGGGCGAGCCGCCCAUGGAGCGCUUGGAACGCCCGGCUCUGCGGCGCCCCUGUCCGGACUGGCGCGGUUGGUCUUCGCCGGUGUCACCGUGGCGGCCGGUUGGGUUUGGCCCAAGUUGGCCAUGAGGCCUUCCUGGUUGCCAGACUUCAACCCUCUCAGUUUAGAGCGGCGCCCAAUGACUGCCACCAGCCCAACACAUCACUGUGUUUGUGAAUGCUACUGCGAGCUGCCUCCGCCCAAGGGAUUGCGGGGACCCAGUGGAGACAUGAGCUUCCACGUGGUCCAUGGGGCACCAAGCGCAGUGCCGGCGCCUUUAAACUGCCCCUCCCCAGCAGACCCGCCACCGCGACGUAUGUGUGACCACUGUUUUGCACAGUGCUGUGGGCGAGCAAACUCCCAAGCUGCUGGGUCAGCUCCAAGUCGCAGUGGACCUGCACCGGCAAGACCACCCACAACGAUUCACGCUUCUACUAGCGCAGACCUGCCAGGAGAUCACCCACAAAGACUCACAAUGCCGGCGGAGCAACUUGCAGCUAGUGGCAGUGGGGAGCCUUCUACUGGGGAUCUCCAACCCACGGCAAACCCACCUGCAGGUGGUGGGAGCGGACCUGCCCUGACAAGGCCAACUUCUAGCGCGCCGGCACAGCAACCUGCAGCUAGUGGCAGUGGAGCUGCACCAACGAAGCCAGCUCCUAGCACAGAUCUUCAAGCAGCGCAGGCAUCUGCAGGCUCAGAUCAAAACCCAGCAAAGGCGGCUGCACGUGGCGGCACUGUGGAGCUAGCACAGGCAGCUGCUAGCGCAGAUCAAACGCCGGCAAAGGCGGCUGCACCUGGCGGGAGUGGGGAGCCAGCGCAGGCAGCUGCUAGCGCAGAUCAAACCCCGGCAAAGGCGGCUGCACCUGGCGGCACUGGGGAGCCAGCGCAGGCAGCUGCUAGCGCAGAUCAAACCGCGGCAAAGGCGGCUGCAGCUGGCGGCACUGGGGAGCCAGCGCAGGCAGCUGCUAGCGCAGAUCAAACCCCGGCAAAGGCGGCUGCAACUGAAGAAGCAGCACAGGCAGCUGCUGGAGAGCCGGCUGCAGCUGGCGGCAGUGGACGGGCAGCACAGGCAGCUGCUAGCGCAGAUCAAACCGCGGCAAAGGCGGCUGCAGCUGGCGCCACUGGGGAGCCAGCGCAGGCAGCUGCUAGCGCAGAUCAAACCCCGGCAGAGGCAAAGCCGCCGGCAGCUAGCAGUCCAGAGUCACCACCUACGGCCACAGAAACAGCUUCCCCACAGCCAGCAGCAAAGCCAGGUACUCCUGAAAGUAUUCGAAUAUCUGUCGAUGGAGGUGGGCGGUUACCUCACGUUGAAGGCGAUGAUGGGCCGUGCAAUUUUCAUUGGAUCAAGAAAAGCAGCCACAAAUCAGACCGGGAGAAGCGCAAGGCAGCAGCUGAACGCACUAGGGAAAUUUGCAAAGCUGGCGGCUACAAAUUUGGAGAGGAGCUCGUGCGGCUGAACCAUGUCCAGUCGCUGCUGGACGGCACGCGCAUUGUUUGGAAAGCCGAAGCUCCUCCAUCACCAUCCCCCGACGCAACUGCUGCGACGUGGCACUUUGGGGAAAUGAAUAGUCUUUUAGAGACUGCUGGACGCCUUGCAAAGGAUGGCUAUCACGUAGUCGCAGUGAAUGCUGCAUCAGCAUACCAUGUUGGAGGCGGGUUUUGCACGGGCGGGCGGCAUGCCUUGGAAGAAUCCAUCUGCAUGCGCUCCACGCUCUUCGAAUCUCUCGAAAAGGCACAGACCCUGGCGAAGGAGCAAAAGGUGACAGCUCCCAGCCGCUGCAAUCCACCCAGUCGCGGGGGAAGCGACUGGAUUUGCCAUAUCCCCGAGACCGGCUGCAUCGUGAGCCCAGAUGUGGAAGUCUUUCGCGGCUGCACAGACGAUGGAUAUCCUUUCUAUGUUGCAAGGAUGACGAUCAUUAGCCUCGCCAUGCCCAAUCGCAGUGCAGAAGUUUCGGACGCUCCGAUGGAUGCCCCUGAAGGGGAGGAAGCACGACAGACAUUGAUCCUUCAGAAGUUCCAGACCUUGCUGUGGUCUGCGCAUGCGGAUCUUGCGCAACGUGGCCAGGGAAAGAAAGCAGCGCUGGUGAUUCCGGAUGUAGGCUGUGGUUGCUACAGGAACGACCACAAAGAGGUGGGUAAGAUGCUUGGCCAAGCCAUGCGUGACUACAGCCACGUCUUUGCGGAGAUCCAUGUGAUUGGUAAAAGGGAAUUCUUCGACAAAGCCAAGUUGGCCGCAAGCAGCUGAAGUCAGGAGAGCGUUGUGAUGCUGCUUCCAGGAUCAUCCCAUGACAGCGCUCCUUGCACAAUAUCGCGAUAUCGCGCAUCGAAGAUGCCGCUUGUCCGUUGUGAUUUUUUUGAAGAAUGGCUGACCGGAGAAAAAGGGGGAGAUGAAU